AUGUUGGGCUUCAGGAUGGACUUCAGCAUGCUCCUGGAGCCUCUAGGCUUUGUUAAGGUCCUUGAAUGGGUUCUUGCUGUCUUUGCUUUUACCACAUGUGGAGGCUUUCAAGGUGAAACUGCUCUUUUAGUUUCCUGCGAAGGUGUGGUAAACAAAACAAUUACAGCUUCUUUUGCUUAUCCAUUCAGGUUGAAUACUGUUGUAUUUAGUGCACCAGACCCAAAAGGCUGUGGUGGUACUUGGACUGAUGUUUACCUCAUGGGCAACUUCUCCUCUUCUGCUCAGCUCUUUGUUACAUUGGCAGCGUUGGUGUUCCUCUACUGUAUUACUGCCCUUGUGGUUUAUAUUGGAUAUAACCAUGUGUAUCAGCAAAAUAACAAAUUUCCACUAACUGACUUGGCAAUCAGUGUCUUGACAGCCUUUUUGUGGCUGGUCAGUACUUUUGUUUGGGCAAAGGCGCUUGCUGACAUCAAGGUGUCCACAGGAGCCAGCAUUAUUCCAGGAAUUGACUCUUGCAAAGCACCAGGAACAACUUGCCAUUUUCUUUCUGUGACCAACAUGGGAGUUCUGAAUGUGUCUGUGGUGUUUGGCUUGCUUAAUAUGAUUUUAUGGGCAGGAAAUGCUUGGCUGAUAUACAAGGACACCAACUUGCACAACCAAUGGAAGAGAAUUUCUGAAAGUCCAACUGAAAGGAAAUCCAGGCUGCUUGUGUCUGUUCCACAGAGCCCAAUGCAGAGCCAGAUGCUGUUAACAGGCCAAGCUUUCUUCCAGCCUGGUCCUCUCUCGUGGGUCCUGCAGCUGCCACCCCUCCGCCGCUCGGGCCCCGUGCCGGUGCUGGGGGUGUGCGGGACAGCCCGAGAGGAGCCCGGGGCUGCGGGGCAGGACUGGGGGCUCCGCGGGGCUGCUCGGGCUCCUCGCUGCCGCGGGCGGAACGCCGCACCUCCGCUCUCCCGUCUCAAGUGCUGUCCAUCCCCUGCCUCCCUCCAUGCCAGCAGCGCCUGGAGAGAGUUUCAGCCGACCAGCCAGUGA